AUCUUCCAUUUCUUUGUGUUUCUUCUUCAACCCGCUUCCCUUUCCUCCUGAAAUAAUCCCAACUAUUUUUUUCUUCCCUCCUUGCCUAUGUGGUUGGUUUAUCUGAAUCUCACGCACAGUGGGCUAAUACCAAAUUCUUUACUUAUCAAAGCGAAUCGUGUGUUCGAGAGGCUUCCCACAAUGCUUGGGAACUAGGAUUGAUUUGGUGGUCAUAUCCAUAAUUUUCUUCCUUGGGAUUACUUUGACGGAUCAGGCCUCUUUUUAAUUGGCCAUUUCUGCAUCAGUUUUGGACCGGAUGUGUAGUAUGUGCCAUUAUUGUGGUGCAGGCCUGACGGACUCAAAACUUGAUGACAAGAAUCGAGGCAAUCAGGGCAACUUAAAGUUGGAUAGCAAAGUUCCCAUCAGGCCUUGUAAAUUUUGUGGGGAGAAACAAAAGAAAGAAAGCGUGAAACGGGACAGUACUAGUCCUUGUAUGACACCACUGAUUAGUCCCACCACUUCAUUGUCUAGCACUGACAGCUGUGCUUCCGUCUGCAGUGAUUUUUCAGUUGACAUGAAUUCCUCCGACAGGGUAAGUCGAGAAGAAGCCAUGGUUGAUGUUAGUAGGGAAGAUCAUGACUAUAAAUUGAAUGAAAAAGCGCAAAACUCAAGCUUAAAGUAUUCAGAAGGAAUGAGUGAAAAAUCACUUAAUAUCAUGGAAAACAAUUCCGCAAAAUGCAAUGGCCACAAUGGAGGGGAUGUUGUGAGAGAUGUGGAGAUUUCUCAAGGACAGAGCAGUCAAGAAGCAAAAGCGGAUAGUUCUGAGAAGCCUGCUUCAUCUGUUGAUGAAGAACCUGAAUAUUCUAUUCCUGAAGACUUGGAUAUCCAAACAUGGGAACCUCCUGAUCCAGAAAACCUACAAGAUGAUGUAGACCAUAAUGUUGGUUGUGAUGAUGAUGAUGAUGAGUGCACCGAUAGUGUGAACUGGGGUGAGCCAACCUCUUUGAAUUGCUCUAAAGAUGAAUUGAGCGGGUCUUACAAGUUCAAGGAGGAAAAGCUAAGGGCAAUGCAAGAAGUAAUAAAUGGGAGAUUUAAGGCACUUGUAGGUCAGCUUCUAAAAUCUGUUGGUGUCUCCUCUUCCAAUGAUGGUGGUAACAAUUGGGUGGACAUAGUCACUUCUUUAUCUUGGGAAGCUGCUUCAUUUUUGAAGCCUGACGCUAUUGCAGUUAAAUCAAUGAAUCCUGAUGGGUAUGUUAAAGUAAAAUGUAUUGCAGCUGGUACAUGCAGCCAAAGUCAAAUUAUUAAAGGUUUGGUCUUCAAAAAACAUGCUGCACACAAGCACAUGCCAACUAAUUACAAAAAUCCAAGGCUGUUGCUGAUCAGUGGGAUGCUUGGCCAUUCUUGUAGUGGCCUGUCCUCAUUUGACUCUAUGGAACAGGAGAAAGACUAUCUAAAAUCUAUAACCGACCUUAUAGAAAAGUGCCACGCAAAUGUUAUUUUAGUGGAGAAAACCGUUUCUCGUGACAUACAAGAGUCAAUUCUGAAGAAAGGAAUGACACUAGUACUUGAUAUGAAGCUUCAUCGCCUUGAAAGAGUUGCACGUUGUACUGGUUCACCAAUUCUAUCAUGUGAUAAUUUGAAUGGUCAAAAGCUAAAGCACUGUGACUCCUUUUAUUUUGAGAAGUUUGCGGAGGAGCAUGCUGGUCUUGUUGAAGGAGGAAAAAGGCCCAUCAAGACUCUAAUGUUCAUUGAGGGCUGUCCUACGCGAUUGGGUUGUACGAUUUUGCUGAAGGGAGCAAAUGGUGAUGAGCUGAAGAGGGUGAAAUGUGUCCUGCGGUGUGCAGUUGUCAUGGCAUAUCACUUAAUCCUUGAGACUUCUUUUCUUGUUGACCAGAGAGCAAUGUUCUCUACCAUUUCUGCUGCUAAUGUCGCAACACAUACCCAGGCAACUGAUGAAAAAUCCCAUAAUAUAGAGUCCAGUGAUUCAAGCAUCCCAUCUGUAGAGUGUUCGUCUGCUGAAAACAGACCAGUUAGCAUUGAAAUUCCCAUAUGCAAUGGAUCCCAUGAAGGAAACAAUGACAGUUCAAAUUUAGGGCCGGAAGAGUUUUCCCCUGUUUCCCAUGAAAUUAUUUCUGGAUUCUCAGCCAUUUCAUCUUCUUUAAAGAAAGUUCUGGGUGACAGUUUUCCCUUUUCAUCUUCUGCUCCUUAUCAAACUCUGUCGGCAUAUUUUGGUCUGAAUGAAAGGGAACUAGAUGCGCAAGUCAACAAAUCAGUUUCUCUUCUAGAAAAUCAAGAGACAGAUGACAACAGCAGAAUUGAACCCAGGAGUUUGUCUGAUGGAGAGACAGCACCAAAUGGUAGACAAUCCCAGUUUAUUGGCCUGAGUGAAGGGGAACCAGAUGGUCAAGUCAACAAGCCAGUUUCUGUUAUAGAAAAUCAAGAAACAGACGGCAAUCGACAAAAUGAAGCCAGAAUUUUUUCUGAUGAAGAGAAAUCAUUUCAUUUUAGAAAAUCGCAGAGUUUCCCUGGGUGCUUCGAAUUUAAUGGAGACAAAAGUAUAGUGGGUGAUGAUAAUAACAAUCAAUUGCAAAAUAAAGAUGAUAUCAAUGCUGUGUUGGAUUCUCAGAGUAUUUUGGUCUUGAUGUCUAGCCGGAACGCCUUAAGAGGGACUAUAUGUCAGCAAAGUCAUUUCUCGCAUAUUAUGUUUUACAAAAAUUUUGAUGUCCCUCUCGGAAAGUUUCUGCAGGAUAAUCUACUCAAUCAGACAAGACUUUGUGACACCUGUCACGAGUUACCAGAAGCUCACUUUUAUUAUUAUGCUCAUCACAAUAAGCAGCUUACUAUGCAAGUUAAACAACUUCCCCAGGAGAAGUGUUUACCUGGAGCAGCGGAGGGGAAACUUUGGAUGUGGAGCCGUUGCGGAAAAUGCAAAAUUGGAUCAACUAAGAGAGUGUUGUUAUCCACCACUGCCCGUAGUCUAUCAUUUGGAAAAUUUUUGGAGCUUAGCCUUUCUCAUUAUUCUUCCAAUCGAAAGUCAAGCUGUGGCCAUUUUCUUGAUAGGGAUUUUCUGUACUUCUUUGGAUUAGGUCACAUGGUUGCCAUGUUCAGAUAUUCUUCUGUCGCUACUUAUACCGUGUGGAUGCCCCCUAAAAAGCUAGAGUUCACUGGUGCCAUUCGCAAAGAUUGGCUUCUUAAAGAGGUUGAGAAUGUGUUUAUGAAAGGCAUAUUACUGUUCACAGAACUUGCAAACUGUUUGAAGACAUUAAAAGUUAAAUUUGACGGUUCUGCUUUGAACCUUGGAGGAUCAAUGAGAGAGUUCUCUGAGGUUGAGGAGAUGUUAAAGCAAGAAAGAGAUGAGUUUGAGGUUAACAUUAAGAAUGCUGUUGCUAAGAAUAGUAAUCCCGGCCAGGCUGCCUACAUACUUCUGAGUCUAAAUCGUUUGAUGUGGGAUCUACUGAUUGAAUCUUGUGUGUGGGUUCGACGCAUGCACUCAUUAUUCUCACCAGAUGUAUUAAGAGUUGAUUCUGGUGUAGCUGAGAAAGUUAAGCAAGAACUUAGUCAUAAUUCGAAAUUGGAGAGCGCCAUUAACGAAGAAAAUGGGUCUAUAAAUAGGAAUGUAGACGUGGAAGUUUUGUCAGACUCACCAAUUGAAGUAAACGAACUACCAGCAAAGGAAAUUCCAAUAAUAGGUCCUCUUGCAGAGGGUAAUGAACAGGAUGUUCCUUCUGACACUCCUAACGCUCCAAGCAAUUUGGAUAAGCCUAUUAUGGGUCAUGUGAGCCUGAAAAGAUCUUCUGACCAGGAGUUGAAUUUGAGAUUGGAAGAUUUUACAAAUUAUCCUUCUGCAGAUGGAAAUCUCCAAGCAAAGGAUUUUGUGUCGAAUCAUCAGGUUUUCAAAGAUAUUAAUCUCUCGAUCUCUGAUUCAAAGGUAUUAAACAAAAGUGCGUCCUUGCGUUCGCCUGGUUCCAACUUGCUGAAUUCAAAUGAGUGGUUCUGGGAGCCUUUUGUUGAUAUUCGACAGGUGAGCAUAAGGGAGCUCCAUAAAAAAUGCUUGCUUAAAUCCGAAUCUGUUAACAGCUCUAUUACUGAACAUCUACCUACAGCCAAUCAGCUGAUUGCUGAGGAAGGUAUAAGGCUGCACGUCCCUCUGAGGACAGAUGACCAUGUUGUAUCUGACUAUGAGGGUGAACUCUCAAGCAUAAUUGCUUGUGCACUGGCCUUGCUGAAAGAUUCAUCUGUGGUGACAGAAGUUGACAAUGAGAAUUAUAGGAGAGAGAGUGGAACUUCGUCAAAAGUGACUGAGAUUUUGGACAGCCUGACUGAUAUAUCAUCUCCCCAUACAAGUAUAGGUAGUGCAGCAGACACUGAUUCUGUCUAUUCAACAGGAAGUGCUUCUUCUGAAGAGUCACGAGCCUCCCGAGCAUCAGAAAACAAUGGUACAGAGAUAGCUAUGGGAUAUGUGAAAUCUCUUGGAAGGGAAAAAUAUUCUGUGAUUUGUCAAUAUGUUAAUCAAUUCCGUGAACUUCGAAAUUGGUGUUGCCCAUCUGAGCUAGACUAUAUUGCUUCUUUAAGCCGUUGUAGGAAUUGGGACGCUAAGGGUGGAAAAAGCAAGUCUUUUUUUGCCAAGACACUUGAUGAUAGGUUCAUAAUAAAGGAAAUCAAGAAGACGGAGCUUGAUUCUUUUAUGGGGUUUGCUCCUUUGUAUUUCAAAUACAUGAAGGAGUCAUUUGAGUCUGGUAGUCAGACAUGUCUUGCAAAAGUUUUGGGGAUAUAUCAGGUAACUAAAAGAAAUGUAAAGAGUGGGAAAGAGUCUAGGCAUGAUCUCAUGGUGAUGGAAAAUCUUAGCUACAAUCGCAAUAUUGCUCGCCAAUACGAUCUUAAAGGUGCACUUUAUGCUCGGUACAAUACUGCUGGUGAUAGUGCUGGGGAUGUUCUUCUGGAUCAGAACUUCGUGAAUGACAUGAACUCUUCUCCCUUGUAUGUUGCCAAUAAAGAAAAACGUCUUCUUCACCGUGCUGUUUGGAACGACACAACUUUUCUUAAUUCGGUCAAUGUGAUGGAUUACUCCUUACUUGUUGGAGUAGAUUCACAGAGGCGCGAGCUUGUUUGCGGGAUUAUCGAUUAUCUCAGGCAGUAUACCUGGGACAAGCAUUUCGAGACUUGGAUGAAGACAUCACUUGUUGUGCCCAAGAAUCAGUUGCCAACUGUAAUCUCUCCCAAAGAAUACAAGAAGAGAUUCAGAAAGUUUAUGUCUACACAUUUCUUGAGCGUUCCAGAUCACUGGUGCAAUAAGAAGUUCACUGAUCCUUUCAGACUUUGUGGCUCUGGGGAAGAUGAUUCUGCCCAACAAAACAAAGAGGGAUGACGAAUGGUUUCUGGAGAGUCAAUACCUGGUUUCUCAAUAUUUUUUAAUCAGUUGAAAUUAGGUGUAAUAGUGUACAGAGGCAGUCAUUAUUGUUUACAUCAUAUGCCCUAGUCCUGUCAUUCUGCCAUUUUCAGCAAUAUUCUAGGGAUGGUGUCAUUUCGAUUGGUCCCUUCUGUCCACAGGAUGGGAUGCGUAUGCCUUUUGUACAGCGUUGGGAAAGUGUAAAGAUUUACUUCAAAUCAAUGAAAGGUCCAAUUCCUAGCAUCUUACUUCAAAUCAA